GCGCUGCGCGCCCGGCGGGCGCAGAAAGAGCGCACGGCCCAGAGUCCGCCCGGAAAGCUGAGUUUGAAGCCGCCACCAUGGGCGCCUGUUUGGGGGUCUGUUCCCUGGUCAGCUGUGCAUCCUGUCUUUGUGGUUCGGCCUCCUGCAUCCUGUGCGCCUGCUGCCCCUCCAGCCGCAACUCCACCGUCAGCCGCCUUGCCUUCACCUUCUUACUGUUCCUAGGAGUCCUGGUGUGCAUCAUUAUGCUCAGCCCUGGAGUGGAGAGCCAACUGUACAAGCUGCCCUGGGUGUGUGAGGGGGUCCCCUCCACCUUGGGCGUCCCAGGUCACGUGGACUGUGGAUCCCUGCUGGGCCAUCGUGCUGUCUACCGCAUGUGCUUUGCCCUGGCUGCUUUCUUCUUUCUCUUCACCAUACUGAUGAUCUACGUGAAAACCAGCAAGGACCCCCGAGCUGCCAUCCAGAAUGGGUUUUGGUUUUUUAAGUUCCUGAUUCUUCUGGGCAUCACUGUGGGUGCCUUCUAUAUCCCAGAUGGCUCCUUCACCAACGUCUGGUUCUACUUUGGGGUCGUCGGCUCUUUUCUCUUCAUCCUCAUCCAGCUCGUCCUGCUGAUCGACUUUGCACACUCUUGGAACCAGAGCUGGCUGUGCAAGGCUGAAGAGCGUGACUCUCGGUGCUGGUAUGCAGGCCUCUUCUUCUUCACCUUCCUCUUUUAUGGAAUAGCCAUCACUGCCAUAGUUCUCAUGUACAUCUACUACACCCAUUCGGGAGCCUGUUAUGAAGGCAAGGUCUUUAUCAGCCUCAACCUCGUCUUCUGUGUCUGUGUCUCCAUUGUGGCAGUUCUACCCAAGGUCCAGGAAGCCCAGCCAAACUCAGGCCUGCUCCAAGCCUCUGUCAUCUGUGCCUAUACCAUGUUUGUCACCUGGUUAGCUCUGACCAACAUCCCUGACCAGAAAUGCAACCCUAACCUUCCAGCAAUCACCAACACGACGAGCGUGGAUCCUUCCAACGUCUACACUACACAGUGGUGGGAUGCGCCCAGCAUCGUCGGCCUGGUCGUCUUCGUCCUCUGCACCAUCUUCAUCAGCAUCCGCUCUUCUGACAACAAGCAGGUGAACAGCCUGAUGCAGACAGAGGAGACCCCCCCCAUACUGGAAGGCCAGCAGCAAGUGACUGAGGGCCGGGCCUAUGACAAUGAGCAGGACGGCGUCUCCUACAGCUACUCCUUUUUCCACUUCUGCCUCUUCCUCGCCUCCCUCUACAUCAUGAUGACACUCACCAACUGGUACAGACCAGAUGAUGUCACCAGGAAGAUGGUCAGCACCUGGACCGCAGUCUGGGUGAAGAUCUGUGCCAGCUGGGCGGGGCUGUUCCUCUAUUUAUGGACCCUGGUUGCCCCACUUCUCUUGCCCAACCGAGACUUCAGCUGAGACCAGUUGAGAUCCCAGCACCGCUACUGCCUGACCAAAGAUGCCUUGUUGCCCAGGGACAGAGGACAUCAGUCCCUAUUUGAGUCUGGCUCCCACAAUCUUCCCCUGCCCCUCACCUCCCCUAGACCUUCUGUGAUGCAACUACUCAUCCUGCCCUUCUCCCCACUCUUCCCUAAAGCCAGUGGGGAAAGAGGGAGGCAGGGAAAGCAUCCUGAAGGCCAGAGGCCAUUGGACUAGAUGACUUCUAAGUACCCCUUCAUCUGUAACCCUCUGUGAGUGAGCCUGUGAGCAUCCCUAUCUGUGGUUGAGGUUGGAACUCAGCCCCUUUCUUCUUGGUGCCUUUGGGGCUUGGGUGGGACUCGGAGGGGCCAGGGUGUGGGUUAUGGGGGCAUGCCACUGCCUGGAGCCACACACGACUGUUCCUCUUGUCACCUCCUGCUUGCUCUUCCUCCUACCCCCCACACCUCUAACUCCACCCUAUAUCCCUCGAUUACGUAACUUUCAACUCUACUCCAGUAUGGGUGUCCUCCCUCAGAGUGGGGACAGGACAGGACAAGCUUGAGUCUUCUCAGUUUUACCGCCCAGCAGGGUGGUUCAAGGAGGCCACCGUUCCUUUCUUCCUCUUUUCCAUUUCUGGGCUCUGUGUCUUUUAGAAACCCUUCCAUUUAAACAUUUCUAAGAACAAUACAGUAAUAAACAUCCAGUGGGUUUGCCUUCCUGAGCUCC